UCUCUCCCUCACAUGGAAUUUUCGAAAAUCAUCUCUCUCUCUCUCCCAAAAUUUUCGACCAACACAAACAUACACUCAUCUUCUCCAUUACUCAACUCCACCAUUUUCCUCCAUUAAUGGGAACCUUCGAAGCUUCCUAAAAUUUUACCAAACACUUCAAACCACUCUAAUAUCCUUCAUAAACAUAUUCUAUCCACUUUUAAACAAGAAAAUCCUUGAAGAAGAAGCUCCAAAGUAGAGUGAGAAAGUUUGAGUUUUGGUGAAGAACUUGAACACGAGCAGAGCAAGGAAGUAAGUAACUCCACUUUGACGGGAGUUUUUGAGUAAGGUCUUCAGGCUAAGCAAGGAGUGAGAUUGGUCUGGUGCUGGUGGGGGAUCGUUAGAUGACGUAUUUACUUUAUCGUAUUUCCUUUUUAUCGAUAAAGUCUUGUUGUGAAGUUACUUUAAAUAUAAAUCAAGUAAUAUACUCACGGUUAUGUGUCUCCAUACAUGUAACUGGUUCGCCUUUUGCUGCGAUACUCUGCAUAUUAUGUUUCCUUAUGAAAAAUAAGCUAUACCUGUUUUGUUUUUGUUCGUGAAAUUCCUGAUAAUUAAAAAGUUAUAACGACGUUGACGAUUUUACCCUUGGGUUCAAUUAAUAAUAUUUUCCUUAGCAUGCUUUGAUGUGAGCUUCCGCUUGAUGUUCGACCUAUUCUUCUUAUCUUUUAUUCUUUAAAAAUAGUCGUAUCGAUACUCGUACCCCACUAUCACUAGUGUCGGGAUUUCGGGCUGCGACAGGGUGGUAUCAGAGCAGGUCGUCUGCUCUGAGUCUAUUGCUUGACUGAGUUGAACCUUUGAUUACUGGUAUCUUUUUAACUUGAGUACUAGUCUAAUUUGAAUUCUUAGGCUAGUUUGAGAGAGUCAGUUUGAAACGAAACCCCAGCACCCCAUCUCCUCCGGCUUAACGAGGUAAGAGGUUGAUGUUGUUUCUUAUUGCUUUUCUGUUAAAAGCUGAGUUUGGGUUACUAAUGAGUUAUGAAUUGUUUUGAUGACGGAAUUAUUUGAGAUGAUGGAAUCUGAUAUGAGGCAGUUGAUGUGGAAUAUGAGGAGGAAUGUUGAGGCUAGUAUAGCCGAUGCCCCACCGUACCAAACGAGGACGAGUAUGUUGUUGAUUGAGAUGUACCAAGUAAGUUUCGUCAUCCAUUUUCUAAUGGAUAUGAUGUUUUAUAUUACAGGAUGCCGAGUCAUAUCGAGACAGCGAUGCAGCGAUGGUUCAGGGAGUAUAUCCCGGACGAGGAUGACACCUUGGGUGAACUUCUGGCACACUAUCACCGACGAUGGAGGAGGGCUAUUCCCUACGGGAUCGAUGGCGCGGAGGCCAUUACGCUUUUGAUUCCACUACUGCCACCUUUGUGGCGAGACUGGGCGACAUCUUUAGUGCCCCAGUACGUAGAUACUACCUGGUUGGAGGGCAUCAGGUACGGAGACCUUAGUGGCUUCAUCGCGACGCUGAGCCACCGUUAUUUUGCUCAUGGCGAUCCGCCUUCACCGCCGUAUGGAGAGCUUGAGGGACCAGCCCAGGGAAGGGAGCUAGUUGUUGUGCCUCCACCUCUCGAGGAGCCGAUUCUGAUGGCACCUCUACCCCCAGCUGAUCCGAUUUCAGUUUCUCUCGAGUCCGAUGAUCCAGAGCCGAUGGUUUUCGAGCCGUACUCACCUGGGAUUGAGCGUGAUCCGUUUGCGUUUGUAUCACUUAUUCCUUCUCCCAGUGCUGAUUUCCCGCCUUGGGAUUUGACACCGGCGACGACACCGUUGUCAUUGCCACCUGUUGAGUCGACACAGCCGAUUGAUUCUACUGAGUCUGAGACGCAGCAUGUUCCUUCCGAUCCAUAUCCGAGGGUUGCCCCGCUGCCUGAGCUUGGCACUUUGGCCUUCCAGACGUACAUGCACCCGAUUCUAUAUUCACCGUACCGAGACGCUCAGGAGGGAGGAUCUCGGCCGGCACGCUCCGAUAGUGAUGAGGAGGACCCCGAGGAGGAGACUCCAGAGAUGACGGUCGGCUAUGGUUGGACCCAGCCACUGCAGCGACAGACUACUGCCGAUGGAGUUGAUACGUGGAUACCUAUUCCUGAGACACCUGUCUAUACUCCGAUAGUGGAUGAGUCAGAUUAUGACAGCCCGUAUUAAUUGAGGCGACGAGCUGGAUCUCGAGAGAUGAUGCCUAGUGAUUACGUAUGUCUUGUAGACGCGUAUAUAUGUAUAGGUGCAUAGUUGUUAUAUAUAUAUAUAGGUAGAGAAGCAUAGUAUAGUGUGUAUGUGUGUAUAGCCUAGAUCUAUAUAUGCUUAGUAUGUAUGAUGCUUGUAUAGCCAGAGCAUCAUUUUGGAGUUAGGACUUUUGUGCAUAAGACUUCACUUUUGUAAAAGACCUCGAUAGAGAGGCAAUUUUCCAUAUAUGUAUAUAUAUACAAGAGAUGUUUAUGAUUAGUGAGUUUCACUAUCUUUAGCAGAGCUUUGAGAAUGAUGAUGAUGCUGAUGCAUGAUGAAAAAUGAGAAAUAGAGAUUGAUGAGAAUUUCGAACGAUGAUAGACGAGAAAUAGACUGGAUGAGAGUUUUGAGAACUUUGAGAUCACAAAUGAGAUAUAGAAGUGAAAUGAGAAACGAGGAUUUGUAUUUUGUAAAGACGAACGGUUAGUUUAGAGAUCGAUAGUUAUAUAACUCUUUUUCCUUUUGUAGUAUACCUCCGAAAAGAAGAGGGAACCAAGCAUAAACCGAGAAGAAGAUGAAGAAGAUGAAGAAAAAGAACAGAGAAACCAACCGUUGAGAUAAUACGACGAGAGUUAGAGUUUUCAUCGCGAUUUAGGGACAUGACCCUAAUAGGACGAACG